CUCGUCAGCGCGCGUGCGCCAAACAGACUCGAUGGGAGGGGGGCAGUGAGACCAAGGUGCUCGAGCGAGGAACCCGUGUCGCCGCCCGUCGCAUAUACAUCGCGAUGUCCGCAAAACUGUUGACAAAAUAAAACAAAUCCGUGAAAAAACAGACGACAAAUAUGGAGAAAAUGAUUACCAAAGUGAUGGUAAAGUAAAAGAGAAAGUACCAGUGGAUUACGAUGGUGCAGUGGUGUAAAGUGCUAAGUGACGGUAAUCAGUAGUGUCAGUAUGGUCACCGGUGUAAUUAAAAGAGAUAAUCAACAUGCAACGAACCAGUUCGCGAGACUGCUACUGUGCUUUUUGCUCGCAUUUCCAAGUGGAGUUAAAGCCCAGAGCCGCGCCCCCCGCAUCAAGGAGCACCCAGCAGACACCGUCGUGGGGCGCAGCGAGCCGGCGACCCUGCGCUGCGUGGCCGAGGGGAAGCCCAAGCCCUCCAUACUGUGGUACAAAGAUGGCGCCCCGCUCGCUCCGAGUGACCACCCGCAUCGGGUGCUGCUGGAGGAUGGGCUGCUGUUCCUUAGGGUGGUGCGAGGCAAGAAGGACAGCGACGAGGGGGUGUAUUGGUGUGUCGCACGAAACCCAGUCGGGGAAGCCGUUAGUAAAAACGCUUCUUUGACGAUUGCAGUUCUCCGUGAAGAAUUCAGAGGAGAGCCCAGGGACGUGAAGGUAGCUAGUGGAGAAGAAGCUUUGUUGGAGUGUUCACCGCCCAGAGGCGUCCCUGAACCUUCAGUACAUUGGACCAAAGAUGGACAUUCCUUAGACAUAGAAGUUAAUGGAAGAAUUUCUCUGUUAGACGGUGGUAGAUUAAAAAUCCUGGAGAGUCUGCCGUCAGACAGCGGCGUGUACCGAUGUGUGGCGUCGAACGUGGCGGGCGAGAGGCAAUCCCGACCGGCUACGCUCCUAGUAUUACGCAGACCGCAUUUUCUCGUGAAACCCAAUAACAUCACUGCACUUCUGGGACAAAACAUCGAGUUUCAUUGCCAAGUGUCUCCUGACUCGGACGUUUCGGUGACCUGGGCCAGGGAAAAGGGGACUUUAUCGUCGCAUGCUAUUAUAAGGCGAGGAUCGUUGAGGAUCGAUCGGGUCGCUGCGUCUGAUGCGGGAACUUAUGUGUGCCGAGCUGAAAGUCAAGCUGGGAGUAGCGCUGCUAGCGCCACUCUCACAGUCAACUCACUACCUCAUUUUACGAAAGUUCCUUCAGACCAAACUGCGUGGGAAGGAGAAGAGGUAUCGUUUCCUUGUGAAGCCACAGGGACGCCCAAACCUAUAGUGUUUUGGACGAUGGAAGGUUCUCAAGAGCUCAUAUUCCCUAAAUCAAACCAUGGAUCCGGGACGUUGUACUUAGAUCGAGUAUCUACUCACCACGCCGGGAAAUUGACUUGUGUGGCCGUGAGUGCAGCGGGUAGCGCAAUGCAUACUGCGUCUUUACAGGUAUUAAAAAGAGAGGCUAACGGUUUCAACGCUGACACGGAAACAUCAUCUUCACACCCAGAGCUGGGGAAAGCUCAGAGUCAUCCUCCAAUGACGCAGUACGAACUAGUGCAAGCUCGUCGAUACUUGCAACAAGAUGUGCUAGCUCUAAGAAGAGUCGAGGGAAUUUCGUCCACGGCAUUGAAAGUUGUCUGGGAUGUUGUUACAGAUUACAAUGAGUAUUUGGAAGGAGUAAAAAUCUGGUUCAAUGGUACAUCCCUAAACAGACACAAUUUAGAAGAUACUGCUCAAUAUUCGAAUACUUCAAUAGAUAGUUUAGUGGAAUUCUCCAAACAUGGCAACUUUUCAAUGACGACGGUUCACAACAGUGGAUCGUCGAGUCAUGUCCUAACAGGGUUAAUGCCGUUUGCUCAAUACGAUGUGUUCUUGAUGCCAUUUUAUAAACUUUUACUUGGAAAACCUUCAAAUUUGAAGAACGGCUUUACAGAUGACGAUGUUCCCCAAUUAGCUCCUCAAAGUGUGUCAGCUGGUGUUAUUAAUGCCACAUCAGCUUGGAUCCGAUGGGAUCCACCUCCAGUAUACUCCUGGCACGGAGAACUCACAGGUUACCUGAUAGAGAUCCGCGUCGGCAGCGGCACCGGCGGCCGGGUGGUCGGCCAGAUGUCCCUGGGCCCCCGCACGAGGGCCGCCGCAGCCAGCAGCCUCAGGGUCGGGGGUCGCUACAGCGCCCGCGCCGCCGCCGUCACCAAGCGGGGCCACGGGCCGUUCAGCCAACCUGUGCAGAUCCACAUGGUUCCUACGCAUACGCAGAGGCAUUAUGUUCAAACUGAACCAGCAAGAGAAAAGCCAAUGUACUCAAUGUUCCAAGAAACUUGGCUUUUAGCCUUAAGUUUUGUAUUAUUAGGAUUAGUUGUAGUCGGCACAGGAGCUAUCAUAUAUGUGAAGAGGAAACACUCAAAGCAACGAAAGAGCCAAAGUGCUAAUAAUACAGCGAUAGUAAAUGCACAACAAUGUCUCUUGGGGAAAGAAGCAGUGUGGCUCAGAGAAAGACCUAUGUUUGAUGGAAACAACGAACCCAGAAUAGAAAUUCUAAACUGCCAUCAAAAUCUAUUACGAGGUGGACAUUCUGUAGGUACAAUGGCAAUGGAAGCUGAAUACAGUCUUCCACAACAUUCUAAUGUAAUGAAUCUUAUGUCGGCCGAUGACAGGGCUGCGACUGAGCCCUACGCUACUUGCGCUAUUUAUACUGAACUUAACUAUCAGGGUCAUCAUACUGACGCAGAAGAUUCAUGUAUGAAAUGCGCAAUAAGUCCAGGGUCAGAGUACAAUAGUAUGGUUCGAUCGUACGGCGAUAGCAAUCAAUAUUCCAACGAGGAAUGCUCGACAUGCUGUAGAAGCAGUAAUUCGACUCUAACUAAAGAUUACAGUGACAUGACAAAAUGUGGGAACGAAAUGGAUGAUAUGAACGCACAAGAUACUUCAAUGGAAGAAUGUCCGUCUUGCAAAACCAAUAAUUCCAGAUCUUCUAGUCAACAUGAUGGCAACAAGGAGUGGGCUAUAGCUGAAGUGGAUUACGAUUAUCCGCAAUGGCAUUGGUUAGCAAAAGAAAAUAGUUUCAGAAAUGCCAUGAGUACACAAGACACCAGACAUCCCAGCGCCGGGAGGUCCGACCAGAGUCGAAGAAUGAACCUGCACGAUAUCUUGCCGCCUCCGCCGUACGAACAUGAGCAGGAGUAUCCAGACAUGCACAUGUACACAAACCAUUCCAGCGCCUCGGGCUGCUCCGGGACCUAUCGAAGUUAAUACAACUUUGCAUUUCAAAGUUAUCCUAGGGCACUGCAACAGCAAAUAUCACUAGAACGUAAUACAAGCAAUACUAGGUUAUAGGAUUUGUAAAUAUGUACAGUAAUUUAGUACAUAAUAAACGAUUUACAUUUAGUGAUGAUAUCUAGCUCCUGUGGUCGUGUUCAUUAUAGACUGCCAAGUAAUUUCACUUGAAUUUGUUUAUCUUUCUCUAGUGACUGUGAUAUAGUAUAGUUUUUGUAUUCUGUAUUUAUUUUGUAAAUAUUUUAACUGUUUGAUAUCUUUAUACAAUUUUAUCAUUAACUUGAACUAUUUAUUGUGUGUAGUGAAUUAUGUAGCUUGAAAAUAUUAACAGUUGAUUUUGAUUAUUUACAAUCACAGUUGUAUUUUAUACAUAAUAAUUCCAAAACUCAGUCAGUAUAAAAGUACAGCAUGAUUUUAUACCAAACAUUGUUUCAUUUAACUUUUAAGUUAAUUCCCUAAGUUUUACAGUGCUCUGCGAAUAAAUAAACAACUGUUGGAAACAGGUGUACUAAAUCUCCAA